AUGGUCAAAGUGCAGUACCCCUACGUUACAGUUUACACCCUCACUGUGCUAAUCGGCUUUCCCACCAACCUGUUGGCUCUGUAUGCUUUCAUCCAGAAGAUCAGAGUCAAGACCACGCCCAACUGCAUCCUCCUCCUCAACCUGACCAUUUCCGAUCUAUGCUUCCUGAUUUUCCUCCUCUUCAAGAUGGCGGAGCAGAUCGCAGGCCGCUGGGCCCUCCCUUUUUACCUGUGCCCCUUUAGUGGCCUUGUCUACUACAGCACCAUUUACACCAGCACACUCUUCCUCACCGCGGUAAGCGUGGAGCGCUACUUGGCUGUAGCUUACCCCAUCCAUUACAAGCUGAAGCGUCAUGCAGUCUACGCCCUCAUUGCCAGCCUGAGUAUUUGGAUCUGCUCUUUUGGCCACUGCAGCAUUGUGUAUAUCACCGAGUACAACCGGGAUAACUAUUCCCAUGACAGCAACGUCUGUUAUGACAAUUUCACAGAGAAGCAACUCCAGGUCCUGCUCCCUGUUCGCCUGGAGCUCAGCAUUGCACUUUUUCUGGUGCCGUUCCUGAUCACCUGCUUCUGCUAUUUUGGCUUUAUAAGAAUAGUGGUCUCUUCACCACACAUUUGCAGGAGCAAAAAGCAGCGAGCCGUGGCGUUGGUGGCAGCCACUUUCGCUGUCUUCAUCAUCUGUUUUACACCCUACAACAUCUCCCAUGUGGUGGGUUUUAUUCAGGGGAAAAGUCCCGAGUGGAGGAUCGAAGUCUUGCUUCUCAGCACUUUCAAUGCCUGCUUGGAUCCCAUCAUCUUUUAUUUUUCUUCUUCCGCCGUGAAGCGUUCAUGCUGUAGCUUCUGGACCAGAAUAAAACACAUUUGCAUUUGGCCUCCUUUGCUCCAUAAGCUCUUCAACAGAGGGACUGAGAUAGUGGGCCCUCAGGAUCAGAUGUCCUCUACACGGCUAUGACCUCCGGUUUCUUGGGGAAUUCUUAAGUCCUUCUUUGUAGGCCAAGCCAAAAAAUAAUUGCACUGGGAAUUACUGAGUUCUCCAGCCAGGCCUCCGGACUUGAAGCUUUCACAUAGUGAAUGUUGUUCACUGUAAUUUCGGCAGCUUUGAGUUGAAGAAUCUUAGACGGACUUCUCAUCUUUUCGUUCUUGAAACUUAGAAAUAGUCUUGCACAACUGCUGCCCCCACAGACUGAGAAAGGGUCUCAUUAAAGCCAAAAAAGAAAAUGGGGAAAUAGGUUGAGGACUUCAAAUGUACAUGCUCAGGUACUCCAAUGGUGAAAUGCAUUUUGGAGUUGUUCCAGUCUAUCAUUUGAGUUCUUAAUGGCACCCAAGAGAUUUUCCUUGCCUUCUUUCCAUCUUCAUCUAACUGGAGAUACACAUAAUUUGCAAAAGAGCUUUUAUUUCAGCUAUUGUUGUGAAUAUAUUUUGAAUAGCUGAAGAGCGUAUAUCAUGGCAGUAGCCAGUGAAAUGGGAAUCCUGGGAAAUGUAGAACCUGAGGCCUGGAUGUGACUACACAAGACAAUACCAUCAUCUGGGAACUAGGGCAGGUCCUUAUAUGAGAUGUCCUAUGAGGGACACAGUGGCUCAGUGGCUAAGACGCUAAGCUUGUCAAUCAGAAAGGACGGCAGUUUGGCGGUUCGAAUCCCUAGCGCCCACCCAAGAGAAUGAGCUCCCCUUAUUUGUCCCAGCUUCUGCCAACCUAGCAG